AUGUGGUCCAAGGGCCAGCAGCAUCUGUAUCGCCUGCUGGAAGUGCAGUAUCUCAAGCCCCACCUCAGAUCCAUUGAAUCUGAAUCUGUGGUUAAACAAGAUCCCCGGCUGACUCGGCUGACUCGUGUGCUCAUGGAAAAAAAGAAAAGCAUAACAAACCUUGCGACGCCGCCUCCCUUCGCCGCUGGCGACAGGUGUCUGUCUGAGACGCCAAAGACCCCUCGGCGCUCGCGGGGCAGGCCCGGCCCCCGGGCUCCGAGUCGUGCGCCGCUCCGGGGCCGCCGCGGGGUUCCCACGGCAACCGCAAGCCGCUCUCCGCGUCUCCCGAGUGACGAGGCGUCAGCGAAGACCCGGAGCCCGGAUCGCCGAACCGGAGCCACGGAACCAACGUUUAUAAACUCUUACCGUCCACCGCCGCUGCUCAUCUUCCCAGCAUGCCGACGCAGUGGGCGUUAUUCCUCCCCAUCUUAUGGAUGUGACUCAGAGAAGUUAAGGCGUCUUCCCAUGGCCACACAGCACAGAAGUCAAGCGUUCUCAGGCUUUUUGGGAUCACAGGCCCUUUUGAGGAGGACCUGAUGAAUGCUCUGUAAGCCUCAGAAAAAUACACAUAUGUAUGCACUAAUUUUAAAGCUUUCUAUGUGUCUUUUUUUCUGUAGGUAAUACAUUCAUAUGGUUCUAAAAUUAAAAAGACACAAACAGGAAUACAGUGAGAAUUCUUCCUCCCACCCCAUCCCCAGACACCUGCUUCCCCUCCCCGGAGGCAGCCAGUGUCACCAGUUUCCUGGGUCUCCAUCCACAGACAAGCAAAUAUGUGUGUCUAUAAAUUUCUUUCCUUUUUUACACAACUGGCAGAUACUAUACUCAAUGUUCAUCACUGUUGCCUUUUUUUUUGGCUUAAAAACACAUCUUGAAGACCCACAUUGCUCCUUCUGGGGCUCUUUUCCCCCCCGGCUGUGUGAGGUGUCGUUCGUGGAUGGGCAUCAGGCUGCUCCCAGGCCAGGCUGGGCAGACAAGGGGCCUGGCUCCCCUCGUGUGUGACUGUCUGCAGGCUGAGGCCCCAGGAGGGCACCCAAGUGUCACAGGCAGUCCCGUGGCUCCCGAAGCCACCCAGGGCCUCACAGGGCAAGGCAGAAAGUAAGCCUGGGACAUGGCUCAGACGUCUCCUACUCCUUCCUUUUCCCAUACCUCUUCUUAGGUGUGGCCUGUGGGGGCCCAUCAGAAAAUCCAGGGAACCUGGUGCCAGUGUGUGUGGCUCAGGGAGACCCUCUCCCCCGCCCGCCGUCAGCCCCAGCUCCUACAGUCUCGUUCACUGAGAGACCAAGGUUGGGGUGGUGAUCUCUGCACCUGCCUCCCCUUCCCCUGUUGGGGCGCUUGCCCUGGGCUUGGGCUAUGCUGAGGCCACCUCUGCUCCUGCCCCCUGACCCACCACAGCUUCCGUCCCCAGCACCUUGCCUUCUCCUGCACAAAUGUCCUCACUUUGCCCUUUGUGGCUGAGGAGGGACAGCAUCCCAGUGAAAAGAGGAUGUGGGGCCGCUGGCCUCAUGUGGUCUGGACUGGCCAGGGCUAACUGGGCAGCUGUGUUAAAACUCCUCUUCUCUUGGCUUCGGUCCUGCUGUCCUGCUGCUCUUUCUCCAUCGUCCAUGUGCAGGAGAUGCUCAGAGGCUCUCCUCCCCAGCAUUCCUGCCCCAGGCGGCUACACCCACUUCCACAACUUAAAACACCGCCACAGGUGGUCAGCGUCACAUGUCUCCGCCCAGACCUCAGGGUCUGAGAUGCUGUGGACUUCUCCACCUGAACAUCCCAUGGCCACCACAUGAUGGGAACCAUCACUCCCUAAAUCUGGUCCUCUUUCAGUGUCCCAUUGUUAUCUGUCCCCAGCACCCCUCCUCCCAACUGCCCCCUGCAACCCGCUGCUACUGCACCCCACAUGCUCAUCCCUUGGAGCCUGCUUCAAAGCCUCUGGCUUGUAGGGGGUACCACACCUGGGGCCCCAGCACCUCUCAUUCCGUGGGUGCACUAGGCUCGGUCAGUAGAGGCCUCAGGAUCCACAGGAGCCAAAUCGAGGAGGAUUUUGUUUUUUCAAAGUAGGCUCCACGCCCAGCAUGGGGCCCAAUGUGGGGCUUGAACUCAGGACCCUGAGAUCUAGACGUGAGCUGAUGUCAAGAGUCGGAUGCUUAACCGACU